UAACCAUGCAAGAGAAAAUUUUACCGGGAAAAAAGAGAAAAAAGAAGUUGAACAAACAAGGAAAUAGUUCUCCAAAUAAGAAGAAAAAGACAGACGAUGACAAUUACACAGAAAUUAGAUUUAAAUUUGAGCUGAGAGAUGCAAACUUGACUUUUUUAGCUUUGGAAAAAUUUGUCAACCAAGCAAAGGAAUGCAAUCCAGAGAGCAAGGGAUACGACAUUGUAGCAGGAUACUGUAGAUCAUCCCCUGAGUGUUCCGAGAUCCUCCAGCUUCUUGACGGUGGGAAGAGAAAUGAAACAGAAAUUCAUAGGAUCUUUGGCGCAUUAGAGGUGAUUCUAUUACGGAUUGUAGAUGAUUUAUCCAAACAUGCUCCUGUGGGUAAAGUUAUCCUCCAGAAGAUCCUGUCUGUGGGAAUGCCCUCCGUCUAUUACCUGCUGGGUCCUCGAGUGAGGGCGUCAGCCGUUAAGACAACGCUGAGAUUGCUAGGGGCUCUAGUGCUUCUGGGGGAGAGUGGGGCUAAGGCUCUACUGUCACAGCUAGAUACCACCCACAAACAUGUCCAACUGUUGUUCACCAGACGGGACCCAAAGGAUUCCCAAGAUGUGAGAACAUGUCUAGUUCAGUUUAUGAUGGCCUUCCUGAUGGUGGGGAGUAACUCUGUGAUACAACAGCUCAUUAACAUCAAAGGGUUUUUGAGCACUUUGUUUAACGGAUUGAUUCAAGAUAAAGCUGCAGAUGUUAAACUGGUCUUAAAUACAGUGUUGGAAAAGGUUGUAGAAAAUGAGACUGUUACAAAAACUCAGAGACUAAGGCUCUUCAAUGACUACUCCUUGGCCCAGAUUAGCCGCCUGUAUAACUGGACAGGGCGGGUCGAAGAAGGGGGAGAUGAUGCAGAGGAGGAAAAAGGGGAGAAUGAUACACCACUGAAGGAAGACAAAGACGAGAUUGCAGAAUUGGCCAACAAGCUUCUGAUGGAGGUGUGUUGUUCUCACACUCAUGGUGUCAACUUCUACGACAGGACCCUAGGAACGGGCGGAAAGAACCAAAAUCAGCUACUGACAAAUUUCUUGACCACAGUAUCCAAGACAGUUGAUGGGAAGGCAGUACAGAAUCUGAUUUGUCAGAUCCUCAGAAAUUGUCCCGACCAGAUCAGACAUUAUCUCCCCUGUUUAAUCAAGAAUAUUGCUCCUAGACCCACCACCAGAUGGUGCUCUACUAUGAACUUUCUUUGUGAGAUUUACAAACAUCAACCCGAUAGACCCAUGGUUCUCAAAUCAACUCAGCAUCACUCAUCCGUGAAGUUUGUGGAUAUGGUCAUGGUUCACUUGAUACCCAUCCCCCAGAUCCUGAGUUCUGUCUUGCAAUCUUUGAAGCACACCCACCAUACGGUCCGAUAUUUGGGGAUGAAGUUCCUGGGUGUUUUGCUACAGAAGUCUGUGACCUUUCUGCACUGUCUGAGUCAGGAGUGUGAGAAACCAUCCACAUCCGUGUACAGCAAGGCAGAGAUGGAGGAAAUUCUUCAACUCUUCAAAGAAAAUGUUCUAAAGAUUUUCCCAGACUGCAAAUUAAUUAUGUCUUGUUGGAGGGAACUCUUGUUCCCUAAAAAGACAACCAAUCAAAAGACAAGUCCUGUAAAAAGCGGGACAGAAACAGAUGGCACGGAGGAGACUGUCAAAGAAGAUGUACCUGAAGUACUGGUAACAGAGCACAUGGUGGAGAUAGAGAAAGCCCUGUGUCUUCUGCAGGAGUUAUCUCCCUCCAUUCUCUUGGACAACUCGGGAGAUGUAAAUUUACUUCUGGAGGGGGUCAGGAAAAUGUCCGAGGUGGAGAAAACUAGUGGUGAGAAUGAGAAUGAAGCCAUGGAGACAGAUGAUGGAUCGCAUGACAAACAGACGGAGCUGCUCCCUCAACUGUAUUUGCUGAAGCUUUUGUCUGAAACAGAUGCUCGUAAGCUGCCAUGGACUCAACAGAGUCAAGAUGGGCAUUCACUGAUGUACUUGAUGUUGGAGAUGCUGUCCAAGAUGUCGGACCCUGACAUGCUGAAGAGUCUGAAACAUCUUCUAGUUCAGUUGCUGCACAGCACAGGGUUAUAUGAAGGACAUGUUAGGGAGGUGGAGCUUUGGAUGACACACUUUACUAAGUCCUCAGAUAAACUGGUCCUUAUCAAGCCUCUGUCUGACACAUUCACAACUUACAUCAGCAACUCCAUGUCUUAUGUAGACCGACUCUGUAUUCACAUGUCAAAGGUUGCUUCCGCAGAAACAGAUGACACUAUCAUGGAUGAUGUUGCCAUGGAAACUGGGAGUGUAAAUACUGGUGACAGUGCAAUAAAUGCUAUUCUAGAAAUGGAUGAGGAGGAUUUUGAGGAUAUUUCAGAUGAAAAUGAGACAGAGGUUGAGACUGGUCUGAGGCUUCCAUUUACACCACUAAUGAUUGUAGCAAUGGAGACCAGCAAUAAGAUAAAAGAAGCAAAUAAAAACAGUGAAGAAAUAUCAACAGUGUUCUGUCAGUACCUGUCUGGUAUCCUUAUUGACAUUCUCCAUCACCAAGUGGAGCCUGUUACCAUAACAACACUUGUUAAAAAUCUCCAUGGCAACAUGAUAAGUACAGAUGUUCUACAAUACAUGGAAUCUUUGCUUCAACCUCAAAAGGAAGGGAAAAAGAAGACUUUGAAGACAAAGAUUGACACCAAGAAGCUGUAUUUCACAGCAAGUCAUGUUUCUGUGGAGUUAAUAUCAGUGUUACAAAAUAAAGACACAAGUCAAGAAAAUGAGGACUCAGUCAGGAAUGGACUGAAUUCUGUCAAUCUGUAUGAAUUGAAUUCACUUGUUGACCAGAUUCUUCUGUAUUGUGGAGUUCUUCUGAAAUUCCAGAGAGCAGAAGACUUGGAUCUGCUCGAGUUCUACUUGAAGAUUUUAAAAACCGUUGUAGCCAUGGCGACUGAUGAUUCAGCAGAAAGUGGACAAGAUGCAAUGGAUACCUCUGACCAGCAGCCGACAUCAGACCUCAAUGUUAAAUUCAUCGAGCCUCCCAAGUGGUCCAGAGAGGACUGUGUGAGGGAAAUCCUCCAUAGCAUCCUGUCUCACCCAGCAGUGCUUGACUAUUUCCUGUUCCCAUCAAGGGAUGUAUUUCUGAACAAGCCAUCUGGUUUUUGUGAGGACUUGGGUGUUUGUUUAACAGAGGGACUGUGCAGCAUUCUAGUAGAAGUAAAAUCCUUGCCAGAUGAAUCAGUAUCUAGAAGUUUGGAUAGAUACUUUGACAAGUGUGUGAAUCUUUUGUCUGAUAAGACAUAUGGCAAGAGAGCCACUUUAGUACUGCUCCAUCAGUUUUUGCAAUCUACGAACACUUUUAUCACACAGGAACAUGUCAACAAAAUGCUGCUGAUCCUACUUUCACUUUCAAUAAAAGAUUUGAUUAACAUUGAAUCAAAAACACUGAAAAAAAAGGGCAACAUACUUCUUGUUCUACUAAAUAAUGUGAACAAUCGAGAAAAUGCUGUUGUUCCUGCCCUUGACCUAAAAAAAUUCCAAAUUCUCUUUAGUCUGCUUGCACUGCUGGAUAUUGUCUCAAUAGAGCAAGCCUGUCUUCAGGUGUUGGCCUGCUACCCAUUGGCUACCGUAGCCAUGCCUAAAUCUGUGUUCAUACAAUGUCUUGAAUCAGACUCUGCAGUAAGAAUGGAGAUUCUUAGCAUUGUGAUAUGUCAGAAUGUUCAAGCCAGGGACUGGUUCGAAUCCUGGAUAGUUGAGAAAAAAUUGGCAGAUUUCAAUUCCUGUGGUUUACAAUUGGUGCUUCAGUACAUAGACAGGUGCCCUGAGAGAUUAGCUGGAAGCAAGAAAGUUCUUCUGAAAAUUUUGAAGAUAUACAAGCAUUGCUUAAAUCUCCUGGAAAAGGAGAAAGAAGUCUCUCUAGAGGGAAAAGAAGGAUCAGAAAUUUCUACUUGGAAGCCAACUACUCCAUUUGAGUCAAUGAUAAACCUAUCUUUGAGUCUACACCAGAUGAAAGUUCUAGACGCAGACCUAGAGGACAUGGUUAUUUCUCUCAUAACAAAACUGAUGGCUGAACCAACAAAUCUGUCCCACCAACAUAUUGAGGUUAUUGCUGGAUUCUGUGGAAAUCCAGAGAAUACGGGGAGGCGGAGUCUGUUGCUAAAAACCUGUCAAUCAUGCCUCAUGAUCACCCUGAAGAACAAACAGAUGAGGGAGGCGGGAUGGGUGGAUCCUGUGAUUGGUGUGAUGGUGUCCUUCAAGAAGGAUGAAAUGAAAGAAUUAUAUGACAUUGAAAUGAUCAAGAAAUGGCCAGAUUUUGCCAAAAUGAUGCUCAGAUACAAGUAUACCAACAAGCUGACCAUGCAGCUUCUGGCAACAAUGGCCGACUGUGUGUAUCAUGUUAACAUGGAGACAGACCCCUCAUCAUCAUCAGAGCUUCCCCUUCAACAGCUCCAUGAAAUGCUGAUAAGUCAUUCUCAGUAUCUACCAAUCAUGUUCAACGAGAGUCACCCUGAGGUCAAAGAGGCUCUGGUAGAUUUCAUGACCGUGUUAGUGGGGACUGAUCCCAACUGUUGCCAGACCCAGCACAUAGGGGUUCUCCUGGGGGCCUACUCAGCCUCUCUCUCAUCAACAGACCAAAAGAUUUUAAAACUGUUGUUUUUAUAUGAAAAUAACAAAGCAGACUUAAAAGCCUACAGACCCAUGCUGUGGGGAAUGAAGGCUGUGGAGACCCACUCAGUGAAGAAAUCUCUGGCGGCGACCCUGUCGAAGCAGACAACGUCCGAGGAGGUCAUGGAGUGUCUGGAUCAGAAGACGAUGGAGACUUCCAUUCUAAAGCUCCCCCUCAGGAGACAGAUGCAGCCAGGAGUGAUACAGGUGGCGACUAACAUCAAAUCUGUGCCUGAAGCUUAUGACCCCUGCUUCCUUCUUCCUGUAUUAAGUGACCUUGUUAAAUCCGACUCUGUGUUGGAUUGUCGUAAGUUUGUAGAGAACCAGUGUUUGUCCUUCACCUUGGCUUGUCUGAGUUGCCAUGACGGUGUGAUGCGGGGGGCUGCAUACCAUGUCCUGGCCAACUUCCUGUCCCAGCUCCAUGGGGCUCGGUUCCAAGAAGUCAAACAGGUGCUUUAUUUUGUGGAGAUUGUGAGGAACAGUAUAGAGAAGCCGAACAUCAAACUUCCUUGCAUCAUCACUCUGUUCUUGUCCAGAGUAGCAACAGAACUCCUUAAACCAGAGGAACACAUGUACAGAAUGUUGAAUGCCUUCAUGCUGCUGAAGCCUGCCAUGGAUACAGGAAAUGUCCCAGAAUUCUACACCUUCUUCAACAGUUCAGCUGUCGAGUAUAAGAUAGAGAGAGCAUGGAUGCUGAGUUUGUUAUCAGAUGGGUUAAGGGAAACGGCAGAUUUCCAUGUCUUUGAAAAGCGACAUGUUCUGAAGAUGUUGCUGUCAUUUUAUGAGUCCAGCAUCAGUGAUAAUUCAACACAGUUACAGGUACUGCAUAUUCUGAGAGCAGCUAGUAAGGAGAGGAAGGUGACCUCUGACCUAGUGAGGAAUCAUGGGAUUGUUGCCUGGUUCUCAGUCAUGCUGCAAUCAAAGUCAUUGUCAAUAAGUCAUAUGGAGCUUCUUCUAGAAAUAGUCCACAAUAUCUGGAGCACCAUGCUUGGAGAUUACCUGAACCCUGGGACAGACGGCACAAAAAGCAAAGAGAGCACAAAAAGCACAGAUAACAUGGAGAGCACAAACAGCACAGAAAGACGAACACUACCUGUUAUUUUCACCUGCCAAAUGGUUCAACUUAUCAAGCAGCUUCUCGCCAAAAUCAGUAAGGAGAUCAAGUUGGAGUCUUACUGCCAGUUAUUGGAAAAUUUCAACUCAGUGCUGGAACAUGCAGACUUCUCCAGGGUCAAAGGUCAAGAUGAAGGUCACAGGUUUCCCAAGGACAGAUGGACAAUCAGGGAUGCUAUGUUGUUGUUAGGCAACAUCAGUGUCUAUGGUGAUGACCCUGAGAAUUUACAAUGUGUGACUUCAGUCUUAAAAGCUUUGAAGUUAGAUACAAUGUCCCUUGUGGAAAGUAACAUUGUGUCAUCAACUUCUGGCAAAUUGCUCAACAAAAAGUCCAAGACAUUAGACAGUCUAAGUACACAAUGGGAUUCUGAGGAAAUGAAAAAAGUGAUUGAACAGACAUUGAAGUUAUUGAUUCGUUGGGACCCUUCUUAUUUACUUAGCACUCAAUCAGCAGAAACAACUACUCCCCUCAGCACAGGAGUAAUAAUAGUGAGCUUAUGGUUUCUUAAACAAAGCAGAAAUGUGAUUAGUCGUCACUUCUGGGAGAUCUUUGUUGAUUGGUUGCAUUCAGCACUGAUGUCAUCAGAUGUUUUAAUGAAAGUGUUAUUAGAUUGUCCUAAGGAAUCACAGAUUGUGUUAGAGGGGCUCAUCGGCUUGUACUCUCAUCUCAAUAACUGCAUUCUGGAGGAACAUAAAUCUACUGCUGCUGUCCAGGAACAGAUAACUCUUGCUGACAGGGGCUCUUUUACAACAGACAGUUGGAACGGGGUUGUGAAGAAACUGAAUGAAGUGGUUUAUUGCAUGAGUCAGCAGAAAAUAUAUGCUGAAGAGCAGAAAUGGAAACAGUUUUCAAUCAGAUAUAAAAAAAUAACAGAUCCUGAGAAUCAGUCAGUGGCCCUAAGGCAGUAUAUGCUGGAACACCUCACAGAAACUUUAUAGUGUCUUCUGGGAGAAGUACUCAGCCAAAUAAAGAUCUUGUUAUUGUUGAAUGUGCUCUUGGAUAUAAAAUUUGGAAUCAGA